UUUGUGCUUUUUUGGUGUGUGUGUGUGGGGGUUAUUUUUUUUUUAUUUGCUGUGUUGAAUUUUUCUUUUGCAACAAGAUUGUGGCUUUUGUGGUUCACCGUGAUCAUUGCAUGGACUAAUUUUCCCUUUUUGCCCCUUCUUCUCCCUUCUCUCCCUGCCACUUCCUUCCUGUUCCCCCUUUUCUUUUCCUUCUUUGUAUUUCCACACUUCACUGUUCAUCUUUGAUUAUGAUCCAACACGCUACACUUUUACUUCUCGAACUCUUUCCUUUCUUCUUCUUUUCUUUCACUCUCUUUGCUUAUGGCAGCCCCCCUUGCGUUCUCUCUUGCAGCGGCAGCAGCAGCCGCUCAGGGCCCCCGUCUUAUAGCGGCCCCCACAGGUCAGGUGCUGCCUCCCCCGGCGCUCCGACCCCCAACACCAGCCGGGGCACCCCUCAUGAACCUCAUCAGGCCCACUCAGAUGGCUGCCAUGCUGCCCAACGGCACCCCCACCCUGGUGCCUCCCACACCGGAUGGCGGGCUUAUCUACACCGCCCCUUACGAGUACCCUUACGCCCUGGCACCCACCUCCCUGCUGGAGUACCCCAUCGAACACAGUGGGGUUCUAGGUAAGAGAGCCUGGGGGAGCAUGGGCACACCGGCCAACUUUAGCCAGCCUGGACAGGAGGGCAGCUUGUUUUACCCCGGAGCCGGGGUGAUGGACGCGGCUUCCAUGAGCCACAGUCAGGACUUUUUGAAAGGUGCAAUGGCUACUAAAGUGAGACGGCAUGACACGCGGGUCCAUCCUUACCAAAGGAUUGUGACCGCUGACAGAGCCGCCACCGGCAACUAACACAUGACCUUCUGACCUCUGAACUCUUCACCCAAUGACGAGCCGCCCCAAGCCUGCCUGCUGAUCAGUUAACUGGUAAUUGCCUUUUGCUAGCCUCUCGGACGCAAGUGAGAAGAGAGAGGCGCCUGCCCGUACAGUUACCCUAACAAAAAAAAAAGAGAAAAACAAAACAAAAAAACAAUAGAACACAGAAUCUUCACAGAAACACAACAAAACCCAACGAGUUGUGUACUAUUCAUUUUUUCCCUCUGUUCAUUGAGUUCAAUUCCCAUUCUUUCUCUUUCUUUUUCUUCAUGAAUCAUAAAUGGGUGGAUGUGUUUGUGGUAUUACUCAUAAAUCUGCACUGAAUUAUAUAGCAAUAAAGACCCCACCCCACCCUGCCCACCCACCCUCCUUUUUAAUUCUUUUGAUUUGGUGACCUCACUUAUUAUGAGUGAAACAAAGUUCAAACUAUGUGACGCAAACCUCUUGGUUUCAGAGUCAACUCCCCCUUCCCUCUAAUAAAAAAAAACAAUAAAAAAACAAUUAAAAAAAAUACCUGCCCCCCCACCCCGUUCCAACACCCACCUGCUGGGAGAGAAAAAGAAAUAGAAGGAAAGAGAACAUACACUCACAUUAACUUGUUUAAUUUCUUGUCAUUUUUCACAUGUAGUGCAGUUGUUGAGCUCUAAAGAUGUAAUUGUGAGCUGACACAUUCUGGGUGUGCCUCUCAAAACAGCUUUUCUGUCUGUUUUUGUUAAAAGCAUGGCUGAAAUGAUUGCAAAAGGAGCUUUUUAUGAUUUAUGUGUGUUUUGUUUUCUUCUCCUGUCUUUUUUUAUUUUAUUUUAUUUUAUUUUUUGCUUUACGUUUUGUCAUUUUCUCCACUUGAUUUUGGUUGUUCAUAUUUGACUAAUUGCUUAAAAUUGACUCACCAAAAAAAAAAAAAAAGAACAGGAAAAAAAGGCAGGUGUUAUCUCUGGAAAGUAAUGUUUGAAGCAGGCUGCUGAAGCUAUGAAAAUGGGAAGGCCAAAAUUUGGGAUGAGGGGUCUAUGUGUGUGUGUUUUUUUUUGUUUUGUUUUGUUUUGUUUUGUUUUUUUUUUUAAUAAUACUACAAUGAAAGUAGGGUGUGCUGAGGCUUUGGGGAUGUCGGAGCAGUGCUUAUAAGCUACUGACCUUUGCUACUCCCCCAUCCACACUACAUCCAUUAUACAGUGCCUGAUGUAUUUAGAAAAAACAAUAUCUGAAUGAGUUAGAUGAGCUGUGAUCAAAAAGACAAAAAAAGUAUUACUAAACGUGUGCAUAUUUAGCCAAAGGGUUUUCCAAUGAGUUAUAUAUCUGCUAUUAUGCAUCUGUUUCACAGAGGGCUCUUUGUGAUUUUUAGAGUUUGGAAGAGUGUGAAUUUGUGGUGCCUGCCAGUCAGCCAGUCAAAUGAAUUUUGACCCAUUUAAUGCUUCUUUUUUUUUUUUUUUUUUCUGUGGAGUUGAACGCAGGCUAUUAACACUAAAUCAACAUGCAAUUACAAACACUGCUAAGGGGAAGGGCACUUUGAAGUUCUGUACAUAAAUGUGUUUCGUCUCAACACCCAGCUUCUAUAUUCAGUAGUUUCAUCAGCCACAUUGCCAAAAGAGUGUUAAAGUAUUAUUGUUACUUUUCUUUUUGGUUUUGCAACCAUUGGCCAAUUUUUCUGUUCAGUUUUUUUUGUUUCUUUUCGAACCUCAGUGUUCACAUUUAUUUGGACUUCAGCAGGUGCCUCAAUCUGAGCCUUCCUGCAAAUUAGAAAAUUGUUUUGAAUUGUUUUACCCAUAAAAUAUUUGGGGUAAAAAAAAUCACCCGUAUGCGCAUCCACAAUGUGUCACACCUCCCUGUGAUCAUAGUCUAUCUCCUGAGCCCACUUUCUUUUGUUUAACUCUCUCAAGAAAAAAUAGGAUGUGAAAGCCAUGCCUGCCUGUUCAAAUUGCUUUAUACAUACGUCUUAUAUAUAUAUAUAUAAAUAUAUAAAUAUAUAAAAAUGUAGAUAACUGUCAUUGCAUAUACAAAUACAGAAGAGAACAAAAAAAUAGAUAAUUUUACAGGGUGCUGGAGAAAAAAAAUUGAAAAUCUAUUUUUGGCAAUUUUAGCUUUUGAUACUUAACUUGCAGUUACAAAAAUCUGAAAAAAAUCAAAUAAAAA